AUGUACUUCUUCCUUGGCAACUUAUCCUUACUGGAUAUCUUAUGUCCCACUAUCACUGUGCCGAAGAUGCUGGAGGUGUUGCUGCUGGAGAACAAGGUGAUUUCAUUUUCUGGCUGCAUGUUCCAGCUGUUCUUCCUCAUUGAUGUCGUAGGUACAGAGAUUUUUCUCUUGGCUGUGAUGGCAUAUGACCGUUAUGUUGCAAUAUGUCAUCCGCUGCGGUACACGAAUAUUGUAAGUCUGAAACUGUGUGCUCGCCUCGCCACGGGCACCUGGGUAGUAGGACUUUUCAAUUCUCUGCUGCACACAUCUUUGAUUUUUACACUCCUUUUUUGUGACUCCAAUGAAGUUGACCAAUAUUACUGUGAUAUUCCCCCUAUGCUGGCCCGCUCCUGCUCACCUACUUUCAGCAGGGAACUGGUAAUUCUCACAGUUGCUGGGGUCCUGGGAAGCAGCGCCUUUGUGGUCACUCUCAUCUCGUAUCUCCAUAUCCUCUCGGCUAUCCUGCGCAUGAACUCUUCCGAGAGCAGGCACAAGGCGUUCUCCACUUGUGGUUCUCACUUGACGGUAGUAUGCCUCUUCUAUGGGACCACCAUUUGCACAUACGUACGGCCUUCCUCCACCUACUCACCUAAUCAGGGUAGGAUCGUUUCCAUGCUCUACGAAAUCCUCACUCCCCUGCUGAGCCCCGUUAUCUACAGUCUGAGGAACAAAGAA